AUGAACAGUAUAACGGCGAACUUCACGGCCCAGCUAUCCUCCCUCGCCGCGCAUUUCCCCGCUCGACGCCGCCUUCCGCGGCGUAUGCUCUACGCUCGGCCUACCGUGCGCCGAUGGCCUUCCGGAAGAUUCGUGUGCAUGGCGGAACCGUAUCUAAUUACGAAAUUGGAGUCUGCUGAGAAAACGUGGAAAGAAUUAUCGGUCAAACUGGCUGAUCCGGAUGUAGUCUCAAAUCCAAGUGAGUAUCAGAAGUUAGCAGUGUCUUUGGCGGAGCUUGAUGAGGUCGUUUCAACCUUUAGGAGCUUCAAGGAUUGUGAGAAGCAAUUAGAAGAAGCGAAAGCUCUAGCAAAAGAGGCAGGUAAUGAUGAGGAUAUGGUGGAGAUGAUUGCUUCCGAAAUUAAAAGCUUGACCAAACAAAUUAAAGAGCUUGAAGAGAGGCUAAAGGUCUUGCUUAUUCCAACAGACCCUCUUGAUGCAAGGAACAUACUGCUUGAAGUGAGAGCUGGUACUGGUGGAGAUGAAGCUGGAAUUUGGGCUGGUGAUCUUGUACGCAUGUAUCAAAAGUAUAGUGAACGUAAUUCCUGGAAGUACACACUGGUCUCAACCUCUGAGGCUGAAAAAGGAGGAUAUAAGACAUGUGUGAUGGAGGUACGAGGGCAACGUGUUUAUAGCAAACUGAAGUUUGAGUCGGGUGUCCAUCGAGUUCAACGUGUUCCCCAAACGGAAACCCAGGGCCGUGUUCACACAUCUACGGCAACUGUUGCAAUAAUGCCGGAGGCUGAUGAAGUUGAUGUAGAAAUUAACCCAAAAGAUAUUGAGCUUACAACAACUAGAUCUGGUGGUGCUGGAGGGCAAAAUGUGAACAAGGUCGAAACGGCUGUUGAUCUUUUCCACAAACCAACGGGAAUAAGAAUCUUUUGCACAGAAGAAAGAUCGCAGCUUAAGAACAAGAAUCGAGCUCUCCAACUAUUGCGAGCAAAACUGUAUGAGAUAAAAGUUAGAGAGCAACAAGAGCAGCUGAGGAAUCAGCGAAAAAUGCAGGUAGGUACUGGGGCUCGUUCGGAGAAGAUCAGAACAUACAACUAUAAGGACAGUAGGGUUACCGACCAUCGGCUAAAAAUGAAUUUUGAGCUAACUUCAUUUCUGGAUGGGGACAUUGAGACAGCAGUUCAGUCUUGUGCAACUAUGGAGCAGAAGGAAAUACUCGAGGAGCUUGCUGAAUCUGUAAACGCCAUGGCUGCUUGA